AUGUCGACCAGGAGGCAGCCUCUCUCCACCAUCUCCAAUGUCGCCAACUCCCCAUAUCGAGCGGUAGCUUCCACCACAACUAAACAAAAACGAUCAUACGCCAACAUACAACGCGAAGAUGCAUACGGACAACCACCCCCGGCGAAAAAGCAGAUGCUGGAUGCACAUCACCAAACCUUAAGAACGCCUCCACGUCAAAGUAUUAGCCAAGUAUCGGGUGAAGGAAGGAUUUUUACUCGGAGAUCAACUCAGCCAUCCAAUUUUGAACGAAAGUGUGUGGCAGCUAGAGGUGAUAGAGGUGCUCAACAACAGCAGAUUACAAAGGCGGAUAAGGUGCCUGAGGAGAAUUUGGAAUCGAUACGCCAAUGGCAAAAGCAUUAUAGGAAGAGUUUUCCCAAAUUCGUCUUCUACUUUGAGAGUAUACCAGAGGAUGUCCGACUUAAAUAUACUAAACAAGUUCUCGCCCUAGGUGCACGCGACGAAAAGUUCUUCUCGAAUGAGGUCACUCAUGUCGUCACCACUCGAUCGAUUCCACCGGAGACCCCAUUUACUUCUUCAACUACCGCCGAGUUACAUUCGCAACACGGCACUAUUAACCCCUCUUUGCUAGACAGAUCAUCCGAGACUGCAGAUUCAAGGGAAUCUCGAUCGAAGUUUACAUUUGAAGCUCCAGGUGGUAGAAGACUUAACACACAAGGACAUGAUGGAGACACACGACGACAACAAGUCCGUAGCUCGGAUGUACUAUACAAGGCGCGAGAGUUGGGGAUGAAGAUAUGGGCAUUGGAAAAGUUGCAACGAAUGAUGACAACAAUGUUUGACACAGAUACUGGUUACCAAACAGCACAUAGUCACAACACAAGGAGUCAUUCCGUUCAGGGUGGGACGAUAAGCAGAGGAGGCCGAGAAGCUGACCUAUCCCAAUUAUUGAGGAAUGAACGAAUUUAUGGACCAUCCGAUCGAGACCUUAGCGUCGCUACAAAAGAAAUGACUAUAUUCAGAGGGCCUUAUAUCUACAUUCACGAUAUCGAUGAAAAGCAAAAGCCAAUUAUGGUUCGAGAAUAUAACAAAGUUGCCCGCAAAGAAGAGGGAGAUUGGCCUCAAUUCCGUAGUGUUGCAAAUGGCAAGUGUCCAUUUGUGGAGGAAGUAGAGUACAGUCGCCGUGAGGUGGAGAAAGAAAAGGAAUUGAUCCGUAUCCAAAGGCAAAAGGAAAAGGAGAGGGCUGCAGUUCCAAGGACACGAGCUGCUGCUGCGGUAGAAGCAGCUAAAAUGCAACCACCAAAGGCAAUCAGCAAACGAGCACUAUCCCAACUUGAUGAUGGAGCAAAUAGAAGCGUUACUGUUUCGACAAAUCAAGCUAAUCCAUUUGAUACUGAUAGAAGUAAUCGUGCAGAACUUGAGUCUUCUUCUCGAGGACAAAACGCGUUCGUCAGUCGUGCUGGCGUUGGUAGAUUGUUUGGAGGUGAGCCUGUUGCAUCGGGAGUUCAACCAUCGAACAUUACUUCUGCUAUUCGCUCUCAAAUGAUUUCUUCAACUGCAGCUCAACCAGGACUCAAAGCUGGAACAAGUAAAGAGAUACAUGGGCUGCAGAGAAAGGUUCUUGAGAAGACGAAUGGUGGAACCGGAUCCCAUCGUUUGACUGACAUCACUGCUGCUGUGAGAGAAGAUACAGCCACUCGCCCCGCAAAGCGUGAGGCACAAAAGAAACUUGGUGUAAUUGAAGAGGAUGAUGUUCCUACAGAAAAAGAAGAAGCGGCAAGAAAGAUGGAAGCUUCUCGCAAAGCAAAAGCUGUUCAGCAAAGAAAGCUUGAGAAGCGUGAUCCAAAGCCCGGAUACUGUGAAAAUUGCGCUGAUAAAUUUGAAGACUUUGAUGAGCAUGUUGUCUCACGCAAACAUCGUAAAUUCGCGGAAAAGCUCGAGAAUUGGAAAGAACUCGACGCCUUACUAAAUCAACUGGUUCGACCUCUUUUAUGA